AUGCAUUUAUUUAUAUCAAAUCGUUCAGAAGGAGAAGCACCUCCAGAAUUAGAAAGUCAAUUCAUUCUUAGAUUACCUCCUGAGCCGGCAAAAAUAUUGAGAGAACUUAUUCAAAGCGGUGCUAAUAAUUUAAAAGAUAGAUUAAGUAUAACAAUUGAAAAUGAUAUGAGAACUGGUGAAGUUAGAUUAGAUCACAUGUUGCUACAUGCAAAAGUUGUCGAUUAUCCUACAAUAAUAGAAUCGUUAAAAACUAUUGAUAAUAAAACAUUUUACAAGACUGCCGAUAUAUGUCAAAUGCUUUUAUGCAAAGAAGAUGAUGAUCAAACGACUACAGAUGAUGAAGUUAAUAGCAAAGCUAAAAAAAAAGACCCAAAUAGAGUUGAAAAAAAAUAUUUAUAUCCUCACGGGUUAACUCCCCCUAUGAAAAAUGUCAGGAAGAGAAGGUUUAGAAAAACGCUGAAAAAAAAGUAUGUGGAAGCUCCAGAAAUUGAGAAAGAAGUAAAAAGGUUGCUGAGGGUCGAUAAUGAAGCUGUUAAUGUUAAAUGGGAAGUUAUUAAUGAAGAAGACGAAAAGAAUAAAACAGCUGUUAAAGAAGAAACGGAAACAACAAAUGAACCUCAGGCUAAGGAUGUCAAACAGGAACCUGACGAAAAACCACCCAAACAAAGUGUUGAUUUAGCCGAACAAGAAAUAUUUGGUAGCACUGUUUCCGAUAGCGAAGAAGAAACAAAUAUUAAUAUAAUGGAAAUAGAAGAUACAAGCAGGCUAUCUGCUGAUGAUAGUCGUUUGUCUGAUACAGUUUCUCAGGGUCUGGCACAAAAUAAUGCCAAUAAUCAACAAUUUGUCACAGAAUUUAGCAAAGACAUGUUUAAAGAUUCUAGAAACAUUAAAGAUGAACAAAAUAAUUAUAAUUAUGAUGUUAUGGAUUACAUAAAAACAGAUAAUUUUGAAUUUAAAAAUGAAGAGGAUAAUAAAAAUGAUGAUUCAAGUUCAAAAGAAGCAAUCAAAGAAAGAAUGGAAGCAUUAGGAAAAGAAUUAACAGAUCUCAAAACAAGGAGGCAACAACAAGAAACCGAAAUAGGAAAUAUUGAAAAUAUGGCACUGAGACAAAGACUGCAAGAUAUUAUUGAUAAUCUUCUUACUGAACAGUUACAAAAAGAACAUGAGUAUGAGGAAUUAAAAAAAUUGCUCAAAAAAAAUUAA